AUGAACACGUUCCGUGCAACCUUAUCAGACCUCGUUGCUACAAUCAAAGCACAAAAUACGCGAUUAGACAGCCUGGAGACAAGAAUAGAUUCUCUUGAAGAAAAAGUGAAAGAAUCUAAAACCCAGGACUUUCAAGCGAUGCAGGAUACUAUUUUGCGGCUACAACUUGAGAUACAGGAACGUGAUCAAGAAGCCCUGGCGAAUGAUAUAGAGAUUUCAAAUCUCCCUGAAUCGACAAAUGAGAAUGCCAUCCACAUCCUUCUCACUGUAGCGAAAAAACUAGGAGUAGAUCUGGACGAGCGGGACGUGGUGCAUGUGGAGCGUGCGGGACCAGUGCACGCACACUUAGAGGGCAAAACGUCGCCACGCCCGCGUGCGCUUGUCGCCCGCUUAUCUAGACGCGCACUGCGGGAUUCACUGCUGCGGGCAGCACGCGUUCGUCGUGGUCUUACAACGGAGGGAAUUACUUCUAUAGUUGAC